AUGUCUUCCCAAGCACAGGCUAGGCCUGCCGCUCCCACCAACACGAGACCUGCGGCCUCUAACACAAGCACGAAAAAUACCACGGUGCAAAACGCGAGCGGUUCCGGUUCUGGUUCCGAGACUGUGCCCCAACCGACCCCGCAGGAACGUCGUGUAAAUGCCAUCACACACAUCAUCGACGCUCUGGAUAGCAAUUCGAUCCCGUACGGCAUCGAUGGUGAUAUGGCUUGGAUCUUCCGUGGCAUGCAGAACCAUAAGGUCCUAUCUAUCAAAGUCAACGCAGUGGCCACCGGAGCCAAGAUCCGGAGCAUUUUUGCCAACGACGACCAAGUUAAGAUGGCAGCGCGUGUGAAAGGUGAGAAGGAUAUUCGAGCACGCGUCAAACUCAACGGAGCGCCUACGGUGGAAAUGUACAUCGCUCUCAUUGAUGGCCAGGCCGAGGAGUUGCGCGCUGACACGACAACCCUGCCUCGCGUCGGAGACACGGACAAGACCUGGAACGUCCACACCGUCUGGUCCCUCCUCAGCUAUACACUGAUGAGAUAUGAGGCGCGCGAAGCGCAGUCCGACUACAGUUUGCUGGAGAAAGUCAUUAUCAGCAAUGCGUCGGAUUUCCAACCCUGGGCACAGAAGAUCCCCGUAUCGUGGAGAAAGACGUUUGUUGCUGCGUAUAUUGCCAACAACCAAUCCUCACCGGAGAAGAUCAAGAGGAUGCAGCAGAUCCUCAAGCUGACGCCACCUCCCCCCGCUCGGACGGCCCAACCCUCGCGCACCCCGGCUUCGAGUAGCCCGGCUAGGCGGACGGGUAAUAGAUGA